AUAUAUCCUUAUCCUUAACUACUACAAAUAAAUACCCUAAAUACUCAAUUUGCAUAUAUAUAAAAAAAUGUUUGUCCACCAGCAAGGAAAUAUAUAUCGCGAACUUAUUCUUAUAUUGCCAGCUUCACAGCUCAGUAAUAAAGCACAAGAAGAUGACUUUUGUUAUAAAUCACAUUGGUUCUUCACAAAAGAGGCAGAGAAAAGCCACAAUUCAGGUUGUUUCAAGAUAUGAGCCUAAGAGUAGUGGGUAUUAUAUUAACCUUGAAAUUUUUAAAGUUAUGCUGAAGAUUAUCCAAAUGAGCCCAGCUUUAGCCGAUAACAGCCAAGAAAUAGGAAAAAUCCUUCAAUAUCUCCAGCAGAUCUCUGCACAAAAUAUCAUUAAUGAUUUUAUACAGUUAUGCAAUGAUUUUACCAACGACGUUAGAGAAGUAAAAAUACCAGUAAAUAGCUCCCAAAGCUCCGUUAAAGAUCAACAUAUGGACGUUGAUCAAACUUAUGGCAAGGAAGAUGCUGAAGAAAAUGCUAAGACAAGAUGCUCCGAAGGCACAUUGCAAGAAAAUAGCAGGCCAUCGUCUUUGGAACUUAAUAUUCAAGCAGGAAAUUGGUAUUUGGAAGAAGAAAAGAAUUCUUCACAAAAUAAUAAACUUCCGCCUCUUAUAGAAGAAGACUUUUCGAUGGUAAAAAUCUGCAUUUAUAAAAGCGUCAAAACAAAUUUUGGUGAUUAUAUAGAUAAAUCUGCGCUAUGAAUUUCAAUGAAAAGAAGAAAAAAAGAAAUAAAUUUGUCCAAAGAGGUAGAUUAUUUUCUGCCUAAAGAUUCAUCACCAAUUGAUUUAUGCAGCAUAAUCAUAACUGCCAAACUAAAAAUAAAGUAUAAAGAUGCUUCGACAAGAGAUAGUGAGGGUUCUGAAUCUGUACAGUUGGAAAGAAUAAAGGUUGGAGCUAUAUUAGACGAUUUGCUUAAUAAAGGCAUUAUUCGUAAAAUUUAUGGAGAAGAAGCUUUUCAGAUCCAAAAUUUAAAAAAUUUUGAAGACGAGGUCAAAGGACUGAGUUGGAGAGUCUAG